AUGUCAAUACUCUUCCAUGAUAAUCCCGGUACAUCAUUAGGAGAUGUUCAGCUUCAUAACACUACCGAAGAAUUCAUAAAAUCACCUGAAUGGUUUGAUGACAUAUUUCCAAAUAAUACAUUCAUUGAUAGCCCAACACAUAGUCAGAUUCGAAGCUAUUGUCGUGAUGUAUUAGAAUAUUCUGAUCCAUGGCUUGGAUUACGUUAUUGGGAUUGGGCUAUUCUUAUUCCCAACAUUACAUUUUUAUUAUUUUUAUUAAUAAAUUUGAAAUGUGUACUUCGUAAGACGCGCGGAUCAAAGAGUCCCGUCCUCAAAUCAUUUUUCAUUCUGGUCUAUUUGACAACAAUAAUGAAUGUGGUGCGAUGUUUCAUCUCCAUGACUAUCACCGUCACCAAUCCGUUUGGAGAAUUUGUUGAUAAAAUUCUAUGGAUUUCCAUCAAAUUCUUUUAUACAACAGCUGAGUUGUGUGUUCUUACCUUUGCUUUACUGUUCGGACAGUUAGACAGAUCUGUUAGCAUUCGACGUGUUUUAUUUAUUAUUCUAAUUAUAAGCUUACUACAUACAGCUUUUCAAAUCAUUAUUGAUAUGAAGCUGAUUGAUGAGACAAUAGUUGAUGCACACUUCUUCAACCUACAUACAGAUGGAGGUUUACUCUUCUGGAUCUUAACUUCCAUCUCGUUUGUGCUCGUCUACUUUUUCGUUUUAUGUUUACCGCUUACCUGCUUCCGAAAACUUGUUAAUUUGCCAAGCCGAUGUUCCUUCUACGGUUAUUGCAUUGUUUUAGCUUUUCUUAACUGCCUUCAAGCAUUCGGGGCUGUUCUUCUACUUUUCAAAGCGCAGGAUGGCUUCUGCUUUACAAAUAUCUCAACUUACAUCUUUUUCUGUUUCUACACACCUAUUGUCUAUCUGACAUUCUUGAAGCGAUCGCUAAAACAUCCAGCUUCAAAUCCAAGUGGGGCUUUAUUCUCAUACAGAAAACAAAAAGAUGAAUCUGGGUCUGGAGAGUUACCUGACUCUUAUUAUCCACGAUUCUCAGGACUAACAUCUCCUUCAUACGAUGAUCUAUUUGAUUGUGGACGAGAAGAUCGUCAAGAUUAUGAGUUCAGUCGUGAUUAUCUACAGUAUCCAUAUGAUACACCAUUGAUGGUCUCUGAAACAGCUGAAAGUACUGUAACAACGAGGACGGGCUCAGAUGAUUUAGAGGGACGACAACGAGAUAGCAUGCUAUGGAAUAAUUCGCUUGAAAGAGUUCCAAGACAGCUAAAAGGUCUUGGAGCUAAUGGAACACUUGUAUUUGAAGAUAAUCAUAGAUGGCGUUAA